GGGUGGUGGUCUGUUAGUGGCGUUGGGCUUCGGCCGUGGUGGCAGCGGUUUCUCCUCAGCUCACGGGGAGCAUCUCAGGCUGGAGGCCAGCCAGCUCUUGCCGCCGCCUCGGUCGCGAUGGGGGCGCAGGACCGGCCGCAGUGUCACUUCGACAUCGAGAUCAACCGGGAGCCGGUUGGUCGCAUUAUGUUUCAGCUCUUUUCAGAUAUAUGUCCAAAAACUUGCAAAAACUUCCUUUGCCUAUGCUCAGGGGAGAAAGGCCUUGGGAAAACAACUGGGAAGAAGUUAUGUUAUAAAGGUUCUACAUUCCAUCGUGUGGUUAAAAACUUUAUGAUUCAGGGUGGGGACUUCAGUGAAGGUAAUGGAAAAGGUGGAGAAUCAAUUUAUGGUGGAUAUUUUAAAGAGAAUGUGGUCUUUUGCAAAAUGAAAAGGUAAGAGAACGAAGCUCAGUAACACAAACUCCAACUCUGUUCCCUUGCACCCUUCCUAAUAAAUUUAUGGACAGUCUGGGUCAGGUUGUGGCUGGAUUUCUUAUAUUGCUUGAAGACUUGGAAAAUUCUGUAUACUGUUUCAUACAUGCAUCUGUAUCUUCUUUUCUUUUCCCAAUGGGUUAUUAUUUCCACAUCAGGGAAAAGAAUCUAGUUAAUGUUUAUUUUCUCUAAACCAAGCAAUUUCUUUGAAUAAAAUUUGGUAUUUCUUCCUUUCUCAAAGGUUUGUAUGUUUUCUUUUGUAUACUAGAGCUAUAUGAUUGUGUUUUUUUCCUACAGUAGUAUUUGCAUAAAUCUAACUAUUGCACUUGCCCCAAAAAGCCUUAGAAAAGUCAGUUGCGGAAAUUUAUAAUGGGAUCCAAUAUUACUAGGUUUUAAUGCCAUGAUAGCUUCAGUGUUAUAAUAGUCUUUUAUAUUUCUUUUGGGGGAAAAUGGAUUACUACUUUUUCAGAAGCCUGUUCCCAAGGUAAUCUUUUUUUUUAAAGUUUUCUAUGUUUCUGUUUGUUUUAAAGAAAGAUUUGUUUGUAUGAGUGUUAAAAGGAAAUUUAAAUUAGUUUUCAGGAUAUUUCUGCUGGAAUUAAAUCCAUCUCUAAGUGAUCUUUAUGACAGAGUUUUUCCUUUGAACUAGUAGGAAACAGCUCUUUAGCUGGUUCUAUUAGCAUGUAACAAUUUGAAACUAAUGCUGUAGGCCACUGUAAUGUGGUUGUUCCCUGUGGCAGAUAUUUGUAUAUCUAAAAAUUGUAUUUUGCCAUUUAAAUUUUUGUAUUUACAGGACUUGCUUCCUUAGAUAAUUUUUGAUCCUAUUGAUUAGAAAGAAUCUACAUAACUUAAUUUAAUUUAGGCAUGUCCCUACAACUUAACUUACUGUAAUAUUUUGGUUUUUGGUUUCAUAGUCUAGCAUCAAUUGAAUUGAGUAAUAAAUUUACCAUAUAGAAAUUAAGCACGUAAGAGGAUUAUUAAACUUCCGUGUAUAGUGCAUUAUGCAGGUUAAUUGGAAAUUUGGAGGAAAUGAGCUUUACUGUAAAGAUUUUUCUAAAACUUUCUUGCUAGUUUUCCCUGAAAGUUAAUAGUUUAAACAUCAUUUAGCCAAAAUAUGUUACUACUAAAAGUGACUGUUCUAAGGCUGUUUGUAUAAAAGUAUUAAAUAUAUGUUCUUUUUCUCAAGGCUAAGUAGUAAAUAAGUAGAGUUUUUGUUUUUGUUUUAUGCUUUUGUUAUUUAAUUAGUUAAAAGAAUUUUUUUCAAAGUAUUCAGUCAAGUAUCUGUACUGACCAGAAGAGGAAUUUCAUCCUUUGCUUUCUAUUUAUUACUUUGAACAUUGCACUUUAAAAGUGACUUAUAAUUGUAGACUGACAAAUUUGUGUUUUCUUCAAACAGAUGAAAACUUUAUUCUCAAACAUGACAGAGCGUUCCUUUUGUCAAUGGCAAAUCGAGGGAAACAUACCAAUGGUUCCCAGUUUUUCAUAAAGAGUGUUACACCGUGCGCUCCAAAGUACCACAAAGCCUGCUCCACACCUGGAUGGGGUACAUGUUGUCUUUGGACUAGUUAUUUCCGGUUUUGAAGUAAUCGAACAAAUUGAAAAUCUGAAAACUGAUGCUGCAAGUAGACCUUAUGCAGAUGUGCGAGUUAUUGACUGUGGGGUGCUUGCCACGAAGUCGACAAAAGACGUUUUUGAGAAAAAAAGGAAGAAACCAACUCAUUCAGAAGUCUCGGAUUCCUCUUCCAAUUCCUCUUCCUCUUCAGAAUCAUCCUCAGAAAGUGAAACUGAACAUGAGAGAAGCAGAAGAAGGAAACAUAAGAGGAGGCCAAAAGUUAAACAUUCUAAAAAGAGACGAAAGGAAGCAAGCAGUUCAGAAGAGCCAAGGAAUAAACAUAUAAUAAGCCCAAAAGGUCACUCCGAGAGGAGUGAUACCAAUGAAAAAAGGUGUAUCGAUUCAAAUGCUAAAAGGGAAAAGCCUGUGGUGCGCCCGGAAGAGAUUCCUCCAGUGCCCGAGAACCGAUUUUUACUAAGAAGAGAUAUGCCUCUUGUCACAGUGGAGCCUGAACCGAAGAUUCCUGAUAUUACACCCAUUGUAAGUGAUCAGAAACCAUCUGUAUCAAAGUCUGGACGGAAGAUUAAAGGAAGGGGCACAAUUCGCUAUCACACACCUCCAAGAUCAAGAUCCUGUUCCGAAUCAGAUGAUGAUGAUAGCAGUGAAACUCCUCCUCACUGGAAAGAAGAAAUGCAGAGAUUAAGAGCAUAUAGACCGCCUAGUGGAGAAAAAUGGAGUAAAGGAGAUAAGUUAAGUGACCCCUGUUCAAGCCGAUGGGAUGAAAGAAGCUUGUCCCAGAGAUCCCGAUCGUGGUCCUAUAAUGGAUAUUAUUCAGAUCUAAGUACAGCAAGACACUCUGAUGGUCACCAUAAAAAACGCAGAAAAGAGAAAAAGGUUAAGCAUAAAAAGAAAGCUAAAAAGCAGAAACAUUGCAGAAGGCACAAACAGACUAAGAAGAGAAGGAUUAUUGUACCAUCUGACAUAGAAUCCUUAAAAUCUUCCACCCGAAGAGUGAAAUCCUCAUGUGAUAGAGAAAGGAGAUCUCGUUCUUCCUCAUUGUCAUCUCAUCACUCGUCCAAGAGGGACUGGUCUAAAUCUGAUAAGGAUGACCAGAGCUCUUCAACCCAUUCCAGCAGAGACUCAUACAGAUCAAAAUCUCACUCACAGUCUUAUUCUAGAGGAAGCUCAAGAUCAAGGACUCCAUCAAAAUCCUCAUCACAUUCUCGAAGUAGAUCAAAGUCCAGAUCUAGUUCUAAGUCAGGGCACCAAAGAACAGCAUCAAAAUCACCAAGAGGAACAGCCUCUCAGUUAAGUGAAAAUAAACCUGUUAAAACAGAACCUUUAAGAGCAACAGUGACACAAAAUGAAAAUGUUUUAGUACAACCAGUGGUGGCGGAAAAUAUUCCUGUAAUACCACUGAGUGACAGCCCCCCUCCUUCAAGGUGGAAGCCUGGACAGAAGCCCUGGAAGCCCUCUUAUGAACGAAUUCAGGAAAUGAAAGCUAAAACAACCCAUUUGCUGCCCAUCCAAAGCACUUAUGGUUUAGCAAAUGUUAAAGAGACUGGUAGUUCAUCAUCCUACCAUAAAAGAGAAAAAAAUUCAGAAAGUGAUCGGAGCGCUUAUUCAAAAUACAGUGAUAGAAGUUCAGAAAGUUCACCAAGGUCAAGGAGUAGAUCUUCUAGGAGUAGAUCUUAUUCCAGGUCAUACACAAGGUCUCGAAGUUUAGCUAGUUCACAUUCAAGGUCUAGGUCUCCCUCAUCUAGAUCUCAUUCACGAAAUAAAUACAGUGACCGCUCACGGUGCAGUAGAUCAUUUUCAUACUCUUCUGUUAGUGAUGAUGGAAGACGAGCCAAGAGAAAAUUUAGAUCCAAUGGGAAAAAAAAUAACACCUCAAAUAAAAGGCACAGCAGCAGCUCUGAAAAGACACUUCGUAAUAAAUAUGUCAAAGGCAGAGACAAGUCUUCACGUCAUAGAAAGUACAGUGAAAGCAGGUCAUCUUUAGAUUAUUCUUCAGACAGUGAACAGUCAAGUGUUCGGGUUACACAGUCAGCCCAGGAAAAAGAGAAGCAAGUCCAAAUGGACAUGAAUAAUAAACAAGAGAAAAACAGAGAUGAAGAGAAAUCUAAGCCUGAACGGGAAUGCUCUCAUUCAAAAAAAAGAACUUUGAAAGAAAGUCCUUCCGAUCACUUUAGAAAUGCCAGUAAGCCCAAAAGGAAGAAUUAUGCUGGGAGUAAAUGGGACUCUGAGUCAAAUUCUGAACAAGAUGUAACUAAAAACAGUAAAAAUAAUUCCCGGCCAUCUUCUGAUAAGGAGGAAGGUGAAGCCACUUCAGAUUCGGAGUCAGAGUUGGGUGAAAUUCACAUCAAAGCCAAACCAGCAGCUAAGUCUUCAGCAAGUACUUUACUGCCUGAUGGUAAUAGUGCCUGGAAAUCAAGCAAACAGCGGUCAUCAACCUCUGAUUCUGAGGGGUUCUAUUCCAAUUCAGAAAACAGUAGAGGAAAACCACACAAGCAUAAACACAGCUCAAAGGAGUAUCUUAAAAGGGAACAUACCAAAAAAGCAAAAGAGAAAUUGAAAGGGAAAAAAGAUAAAAAACACAAGGCUCCAAAACGAAAACAAGCAUUUCACUGGCAGCCUCCACUAGAAUUUGGUGAAGAGGAGGAGGAGGAGAUUAAUGAAAAGCAAGUUACUCAGGAAGCAAAAGAGAAAAAUCAACUUUCUGAAAACAGUGAAGCCGUAAAAGAAAGUAUUCCCCAAACUGAGAAGCCCUGUGAAGAUGGCAACCUUUCAGGUAAACAUAAUCCAAUAACGGUUUCAUCAGAUACUGAUCAGCCUACUAAAGAUGAUAGUAAGCUCAGUGUGUCUCCCGCAGCUUUAAACACUGAGGAAAAUGUAGUCAGUUCUCCCCCGAACAUUCAGCAUAUUGAAGAGAGCAUCCCAAGCGGAGUGGAGGAUAUGCUUCAAACAGAUGACAACAUGGAGAUUUGCACUCCUGAUAGGAGUUCCCCAGCAAAGGCCGAGGGGGCUUCCCCUCUAGGAAAUUCAAGGCUUGACACCCCGGAUAUAAGCAUUGUUCUAAAGCAGGAUAUGCCAACAGAGCAUCCUGAGGCAGAGUUGGGAAAACAGGAAAGCAGCAUGUCAGAAAGCAAAACGGUGGGUGAGGUGGGAAAACAGGACAGCAGCUCCGCCAGCUUGGCCACUGCUGUAGAAAGCACUGUGAAGAGAGAGGUGGCUGAGAAAAGCCAGACCAGCCUCAUGGAUAAUAAGUGGAAGCCCCUGCAAGGUGUGGGGAACCUGGCAGCACCAUCUGCUACGACAUCAAGUGCUGUGGAAGUUAAGGCACUGACUACUGUGCCCGAAAUGAAACCACAAGGCUUGAGAAUAGAAAUUAAAAGCAAAAAUAAAGUUCGGCCUGGGUCUCUCUUUGAUGAAGUAAGAAAGACAGCACGCUUAAACCGGAGGCCAAGAAAUCAGGAGAGUUCGAGUGAUGAGCAGACACCUAGUCGGGAUGGUGACAGCCAGUCCAGGAGUCCAAGUAGAUCUCGAAGUAAAUCUGAGACCAAAUCAAGGCACAGAACAAGGUCUGUCUCCUACAGUCACUCAAGAAGUCGAUCGAGAAGUUCCACAUCAUCUUAUCGAUCAAGAAGCUACUCCAGAAGUCGGAGCAGAGGGUGGUACAGCAGAGGCCGCACAAGAAGCCGGAGCAGUUCCUACCGCAGUUACAAGAGUCAUAGGACGUCCAGCAGGAGCAGAUCCAGGAGCAGCUCGUACGAUCCCCACAGUCGGUCCAGCAGGUCCUACACUUACGAUAGCUACUAUAGCAGGAGUCGGAGUCGAAGUAGAAGCCAGAGGAGCGACAGUUAUCACCGAGGCAGAAGCUACAAUAGGCGGUCCAGGAGUUGUAGAUCUUAUGGCUCUGACAGUGAAAGUGACCGAAGUUACUCUCAUCACCGGAGUCCCAGUGAAAGCAGCAGAUAUAGUUGAAAGUGUCCCCUUUUUUUGAUACAAAUUAUAUCUUAUUUGUAAAUAUCUGGUAACUUAAAAGUCUACGAAACUUAAUGGCAGUCUGUUGUUCUAUUUCAAUAUUAGAGAUGAAGUUGAAAAAUAGACACUUAUUGUUAUUUGUUCAUUUACAUGUGCGUAGAAUUUAAAAUACAGAUAUGUCUCCUAAAAAUAUUUGUAUGCCACAUUUUACAGUAGCCAACUAUGGAAAUGAAUUUCAUUUUCUUGAAUCAAGAAAUCAUGAAAUUUAAAUAUGAUUUGCAAUAUUAUUUUAGCUAGAUUAUUUCUCUCCAUCUCAUGUAUUUCUUAGAAUACAGAUUCUUUUUGCCCGUUUUUAAGGUCUUAGCAUAUAUGCUGCCAAGCAUAGAACUGUGAAGGAGAACUGUGAAAGGUGACCAAAUACUUAUAUACCAAUUACACAGAACCUUAUACAUGUGUGCUCUUAAAAACAAACUGCCCAGAAUUGAUACUAAUGGUAGCCAGGAGUAUAAGGCAGUGGCUCUGGGGUUCUUAAUUCAUUCCUUACUUCUUUGUUGUCUCAGAGGAUCAGGAAAGUAGUCACCAUACAGCCCACUGUAUUAUUUCAGGCUGGCGGGUGAGGUUAAGAAGAGUAAAUCAGCCUUAACUAUAAAUACCUGCACUGUCUCUAAAGCCCUAAUGUUUUAUGUGCUUUUUAAUAAAUACUAUCAGAAGUUCGGUUUGUAAAAAAACAAUUCUAUUCCAGUUUAUGCUUUGGUGUUUGGUACCUUUUGGUGCAUUAUUCUUAUAUACUGUACAUUGGAAUUCCGUCAGAGAGAGAAAUGAAUUUUUUAAAAUUCAUUGGCACCAAACAUGGGUCCUUCUAAGCUCUAUUCACUUUAAAUAUUUGGAGGGCCUCUCUCAAGCACAGGUGUGGGCUGGGGGCCAUGGAGCGGGCAGGAUUGGCAUGGGGUUGUGUGGCCACUGGGGUCUGCUGCACAGAACUGAUGCGUGUGCCCCUGGAGGACGUGAUUGGAGAGUGGACUUCAAAAGUAACACCAAGAUCUCCCUGCCACCAUCCUGGGCACAUUUUGCAGGGCUUUACUUUUAAGUCUUUCAAGUAAGAGGCAGAUGCAAGAGCAGUUGAACUGUUCUCCGCACCCGCCAGCAUGUUUCCCUGUUUCAGUGGCCUGCACUGACUCAGUGAAGCCUUGUGUGAGAUGGUAAACCUAUGACAACAGACAGGGAAUCGGGGUGUGCAGUACUGCAUAGAUUACACACUUUCACAGUCUUGGGUGGUUCCUGCAAAAAUGAUUUGACCUGUAAAAACUGGUGAGAUUUUUUUUAACCUUUAGUUUGAGUUUUUUCCCCAAGUGUACUUAAUCACCUUAGUGCCAGUUUAAUCCAGUUAUGCAGAAGAAAUUCAUAUUGGAUGUUUGAUGCAGAACUCUGUGCGAUCCUACCCCAGGGCUUGCCUGGUGUACUUGGGAAGUGGGAAAGAGCCCUCAGUUGGAGGGAUCUGACCACCCCUGAUGGAUGGAGGGGUGACCUUGGAUAUAUUAAAACCAUCACCCAUAAAAGGUUCAUAAACAGGGUUAAGUGGCCAGUUGUUUGCCAAGUUGAUAGAUGAGAAUACAUUAGAAAAUAGGACCUAAGUCAAACAAACAUACUUGAUAGUGAAUACAAAACAAACGUGCGAUCAUAUGAAGGGUUUUCAAAGGUUGCCUGCAGAGGAGAAUAUUGCUUUAAUAAUACGCAGUGGAAAGAAACUGCAUUUAGAACCCAAACAAAAACUGCCAAAUCUAAUUACGUUAAGAAGAGUUACCUUUGGUCAGUGUAUUCGUUUUCUACUGCUGUGUAACAAAUGACCCCAAACUUUGCAGCUUAAAGCAGCACUCGUUUCUUAGCUUACAGUUCUGUAGCUCCUGAGUCCAGCACAGUAUGGCUGGAUUCUCUGCUCAGGGUCUCACAAGGCUGAAAUCAAGGGUCAGCAGGGCAGCAUUCCUUUAUGGAGGCUCUGGGAAAGAAUCUGCUUCCAAGUUCAUUCAGGUUGUUAGCAGUAUUCAGUUCCUUGCUGGCUGUCAGCCGGGGUCCUCUUUCUCGGCUCCUUAAGGCUGCUCACAUUCCUUCUUGUGUGCUUCCCUCCGUCUUCAAACCAGCAAUGGCCCAUCGAGGCCUUCUUCUCAUGCUUCAGGUCUCUCUGCCUUCCUCCUCUGUUUUAAGGUUCGUGUGAUUUGAUCAAGCCCACUGAGAUAGUCUCCCUAUAUUAAGGUCAGCUGUGCCACAGAACAUAGUCACAGAAGUGGUAUCACAUUUACAGGUUCCUGGGAUUGGGACAUGAAAUAGGGGGAGGGACAUUUUAGAAUUCUGCCUCCCACAGGCAAUAACUUCGCCUGUUGUGCUGUGGGUAGAAUUUUACCCUGAAAAGGUGGGCCCUAGAAGCCUCGUUUGUUUUCUCCAUGGAAAAGAACAGCCCUCAGCUGCAGCAUUCAACUUGUGUGUUUACUGAAUGGACUACAGAAAUAGCUUUUCUUCAUAAAGGGGAUUGUUCUGUAUUUUAAAUUAUUUUUUAAUAAAAUUGAAUUAUGUGUAUUGUGCUUCUUAAUAGACAAUGCAUUAUUGGACUCUUUUUGUAAUGUCCUGUUUACUGCAAAUGAAAUAUGAUAUAGCUGGUAUUGUUCAAAAACUGUAGAAAAUACUUUUGUACAUAUUGGUAAUGUCUGAUUUGUAUACACUUCAUUUAAAUUUCCCUAAAACUGGAAAGGGGGGCCUUGUAGAAAUUAAAAUAUAUACUUAGU